GCAACGCCAAUCGCGAGGAAUCAGUCACUGUUAGCGUGUAGUUCUCCUCUCUUCGCGACACUUCUUAUUCCCUAUUAUUCAGCAUCCAAACUAAGUAACUUCUCCAAAACUCACAAAAACAAAGCACUUGGUAAAGCAAAACUUGCUCCAUUCGAGUUUGCUGAUACGAGAUUGCGAUGGCAACAGUGGAAGCAUCCAACCAAGCCAUGGCAACCGUGGCUGACAAGGCACCAGUAACUGCUCAGAGGAAGAUCACUCAGGAUUUGGACACCAAGCUCCCCAAACCAUAUUUGCCUCGAGCUCUGACUGCCUCCGACACAGAGAAUGUGAAUGGGACAUGGGGCCACAGACACAACGACAUGUCCGUGCUUCAACAGCAUGUUGCCUUCUUUGACCUUAACAAUGACGGUGUUGUCUACCCAUGGGAGACAUAUAAGGGAUUCCGUUCGCUGGGUUUCAACGUGAUUUUUUCCUUUAUAUCUUCGAUUUUUAUUCAUGUGGCUAUCAGUUAUCCUACUCUUCCUACAUGGCUACCUUCACCUUUUCUCCCAAUCUACAUUAAAAACAUACAUAGGGGAAAGCAUGGAAGUGACACUGGUGGCUAUGACACAGAGGGAAGGUUCAUGCCAGCAAAUUUGGAAUUCAUGUUCAGUAAGUAUGGUCAUGAGGUGCCUGAUAAAUUGACAUUGAAGGAGCUGUGGCACAUGACUGAGGCAAACAGGGUUGCAUUUGACUUCUUUGGCUGGUCCUCUACUACGGUUGCGAGUAAAUUUGAGUGGGGAGUUUUGUACAUGCUAGCAAGAGAUGAUGACGGGUAUCUGUCAAAAGAAGCUGUGAGGCGUUGCUUUGAUGGGAGCUUAUUUGAGUAUUGCGCUAAAGUGCGCAAAAGUGCUUCUGGAAAGAUGGCCUGAGUCAGAUAUUCACUGUUAGACUCACAUUUCGAUUAUUGUUCCUGCUCUUUUAUUUCAACUUCUUCAAAAUUAGCAAAACAGAACUCUCAUUAGUAUAAAUUUGUGUUGCUCUUGUAUGUGUGUUUCUUCAUAGAAUGCCAAUUCUUAUGGUACUUUCUUUC